CAUAGUGCUAUUCGCCUACUGCGGCAGCUUUGGCGUGGAUGCGACACAAUGGAUCUCUGACAUCUCCAUCCCCAUGAGUGCAUCAUCUGAAUUCAAGGGCGAGGUUGCCGGAGCAAACCAAAGCAGCAAUUGUCCCGCCUCGGUGCACUGCAUUAAAAAUGCCAUGGAUAACAACCCCAUGACCAAGUGGAUUGCUAAUUCCAGCGCAAACGAGGAGAUUGCGUUCGAAGUCCUAACGCCGAUAUAUUUAGACGCUAUUUGCAUUAAAUUCUCAGAAGGUAGAAUCCGUAAUGUUAGCUUUUAUGCUAACACGCUACCAACGGAGUCCUGGACUUACAUUGGAAAGAUGCUUCUACCUACCAGCAGUGAUUACAGCGUACGACACUUCAUCGCAGAUCUCAUAUAUCCAAGAGCGGUUCGCUACUUCAAGAUUUCUAUCCUAGACACGUACGCAGCGGAAAUGAAUAUUGGAAUCUCAGAUAUUUACUUUCGGAUAAAAGGUGAGUGCACUGACAUGUGUAAUGUAAACGCUUACUGCGAUACUGAAGGCGCAACUCCGACAUGUGUAUGCCGAGAUGGGUGGUUAGGAGAUGGCGUUCAUUGCUACCAUGGAGCCGUAACCACAGGAGCCGUGACCACAGGAGCCGUGACCACAGGAGCCGUGACCACAGGAGCCGUGACCACAGGAGCCGUGACCACAGGAGCCGUGACCACGGGAGCCGUGACCACAGGAGCCGUGACCACAGGAGCCGUGACCACAGGAGCCGUGACCAAAGGAGCCGUGACCACAGGAGCCGUGACCACAGCAGCCAUGACUGCAGCCGAUCAGGUAGAGCAGGCAUCUCCUGUGUAG